GGCACUUGUACGGAAAGAGGCCAGGGCCUGCCGCUUCCUCUUUCUGCUUCUCUGUUUCCUAACAACGUCAGCAUAAAUAGGAAGCCUGAGAGGCUCGCUGACUGCCUCCGGGAGACACCACAGAAGGUCCGUCUGUCCCGGCACAAAGAGGGCCUGGAGGAGGCAGGAUCCCAGAAAGAGGAGGAUUCCCAAGAACUGAUGACAUGGGUCUAGCCCAGCCUCCAGCAGGGGAGGAACACAAGACUCCAGGACAGUGAGGAGCCCACACCUUGCCCAGACCUGGACCCACCCGAGCGGGCCACCUGUUCUCCAGAGCUGAAUCACGAGAUGAUGCUGACCCAGGGGCUGCUCCCCCUGGCUCUGCUGGCACUCUGCUGGGGACUCAGCAUAAAAGGGGCUGAAGAGACUGUCCCGCUGCGGACCCUGCGCUGUCAUAAUGACUACACCAGCCGCAUCAUCUGCAGGUGGGCAGAUACCCAGGAUGCCCAGCGACUGGUCAACGUGACCCUCUACCGCAGGCUCAAGGAGGACCAUCCACAGCGAGUGUCCUGCAAUCUUAGUGACGACAAGGCCUGGUUAGACAGCGAUUGUUUUGACUGUGUACCCAGAAAAUGUGUUAUUCCUUACCGAAGCUUUGUCCUUGCUGACUUUGACUACUUCUCAUUCCGACCGGACCAGCUUCUGGUCACUGAGCUCACCGUUAAUCUGAGCCAGCAUGUGCAGCCCCCCACACCCAAGGACCUCAACAUCACUGCUACCCGGGAGAGUUUCCUGCUGUCCUGGAGUAUAGCCCAUGAGGGUUUCCAGAGCCACUGGCUGUCCAGCCUGGAGUUUGAGGUGGUCUACAAGCGGCUUCAGGACUCCUGGGAGGAUGCCCGCACCACCUACUCCAAGUUCCCCCCGGCCAUCCUGGAGCUAAAGCACCUCCUGCCCAGCAGCACCUACAUGGCCCGAGUGCGCACCAGGCUGGCCCCAGGCUCGGGGCUCUCAGGACGACCCAGCCAGUGGAGCCAGGAGGUUUCCUGGAAGUCCCAGCCAGGGGAUGAGGCCCAGCCUCAGAACCUCCAGUGCUUCUUUGACGGAGCCGCCCUGCUCACCUGCACCUGGGAAGUGAGGUCCGAGGUAACCCACUCCGUCUCCUUCACCCUCUUCUACAAGACUGGCCCCAAUGCACAGGAAGAAGAAUGCUCUCCCGUGAAGAAGGAGACUGGCAGCCCCUACAUCCAGCACCGAUGCCAGAUUCCGGUGCCCGACGCCAGGAACUACAGCCAGUACAUCGUCUCUGUUCGACCAAAGAUGGAAGAGAGACUGAUAAAGAGCUCAGAGAACAUCCAGAUGGCUCCCCCGACCCUCAACGUGACCAAGGGCAGAGAUGGCUACAUCCUGCACUGGAAAGAAGAAAAAAUGAGCUACUCACACAUAACUUGCAUGUUCCAGGUCCAGUACAAGAAAGAAGGAGCCUCAUGGGAGGACACCAAGGCAGAAGACUUCCAGAAUGCCCACACUAUGUCCCUACCGACCCUGGAGCCCGCCAGCAGGUACCAGGCCAGAGUGAGAGUCAAACCGGAGCCGGGGAACUACGAGGGGAUCUGGAGCGAGUGGAGUGAGGCAAGGUCCUGGGACACCGAUUGGGUGCUCCCCAUGUGGGUCCUAGCCCUCAUCCUUGUCAUCAGCACCUUAAUCCUGCUUCCAGUCCUGCACUUCUGUGGCGUCUACGGGUACAGGCUGAACCGGAAAUGGGAGGAGAAAAUCCCCAACCCCAAAAAGAGCCACCUGUUCCAGAACGGGAGCGCCGGACUCCGACUGCCAGAUAGCAUGGCCACCCUGGAUAGUGGGAGCCGCCCACACAAGGGGCCGUGGGGCAGCAGCUGCCCUCAGCUGGAGGGGGUGUUCCCUGUAGACUGCAGGCACAGCGAGGUGUCACCUCUCACCACAGAGGAACCUAAGGAUGCCUGUGACUCAUCAUCAGAGCCUGACAUGACUCUGACCGCCUCGGACCUCCCCACGGAGCAGGCCCCCAGCCCCCCGACAGGGCUGGCCGCCCCCUCAAGCAGGCCUGAGAGCCAGGCUUCUGGCUUUGACUUCAAUGGUCCCUAUCUGGGGCCACCCCACAGCCGCUCCCUGCCUGACCUUGUGGGCCAGCAGGUGCCCCCACAGACAGGCGUGAGCAGGAAGCCACAGUCCCCAGGGUCCCUGGAGUACCUGUGUCUGCCCGCAGGGGGGCAGGUGCAGCUGGUCCCGCUGGCCCAGGUGAAGGGGCAGGGCAAGGCCAGGGAUGGGGACACAAAGUCCAUCCCAGAGGCCCAGAGGAGCCCUUCCCUGGAGUCAGGGGUGGGCCCUGCCCCUCCAGAGCCUGGGCUGAUGGAGGGUGGUCAAGACCAGAAGGACAGGUCCGCCACAGUUCUGCCCACUGGAUGGCCUGAGGUUGGCACCGAAGCCUCUGGUUACAUCACCACUCCAGAUCUGAUAUUCACCCCACCCACUGGGGCCCCAUCUCCCUCCCAGGCUGCCCCUCCGAGCCUCCCCUCAGCCCAGAACCCCACUUUCCAUCCUGGAUUGGCUGAUGGGCCCCCUGUAGCCUCAGCCCCCCGGAAACCAGAGUUCGAGGGCUACUUGGAGCUCCCUCCAGCCACAGGCCAGUUUCCGCAGUCCCCUCUGGCCAGCCCCGCCCCUCCUAGAGUCAGCAGCCCUGUCCUGAGCCCAGGCCCGCUCCGGGCAGACACGUCCCCCAGCUCCCCAACCCCUGAGGGUCUCCUCGUCCUGCAGCAGGUGGGUGACUACUGUUUCCUUCCAGGCCCUUUCUCCCCCCAGAGUAAGCCCACCUCCCCAGGACCCUGUCCUGAGAUCAGGGACCUCACCCAGGUGGUCCAGCCUAAGAAGCCUCCAGCUCAGGCCCUUCCCCAGGUGCCGGCCAUUCAGCUCUUCAAAGCCCUGAAACAGCAGGACUACUUGUCACUGCCCCCUUGGGACAUCAGCAGGCCCGGGCAGGUGUGCUGAGACUCUGGAGACCUUGAGGGGGAGGAACAGAGGAAAGGGCCUGCCUUUCCUCCUGCCCUGCCUGGUCCUCCUGCCACCCCUGCUCCCUUCCCUGGUCCUUUCCACAAAGCUGUGGAGAAGCUUCCAUGUUGUAACAGAUAGAGACCGGAAAAAUAAGUUAACCAUCUACCUCCUUCCUUGACCUUCAGCAAGGUCAAGUUUCUCUCUCUUUCUCCCUUCUUCUCUGCCACACACACACACACACACACACACACACACACACACACACACACUGUUCUUUGAAAUUAACUUAUUUUAGGUUCUGAAUUAUUGGAGCUUUAUAUAUAUACACACCAGAGAAGGAAAUGGCAACCCACUCCAGUACUCUUGCCUAGAGAAUCCGGUGGACAGAGGAGCUUGGUGGACUGCUGUCCAUGGGGUCGCACAGAGUCAGACACGACUGAAGCGACUUAGCAUGCAUGCAUGCAUUGGAGAAGGGAAUGGCAACCCACUCCAGUGUUCUUGCCUGGAGAAUCCUAGGGACAGGGGAGCCUGGUGGGCUGCCGUCUAUGGGGUUGCGGAGUCGGACACGACUGAAGCAACGCAGCAGCAGCAGCGGCAAUAUACACACACUCAUUUCAUUUGUCUCCUUUUCCUUUUUACCGAGUUUCCCUGAUUUUGCUAUUGCCUUCUUUCUCUUUCCACGGAUUUAUCAUUAGUUUGAGGUCCGGGCUAAGCCCAUUCUGAAGUUCGUCCUGUCUCUGUCAGAGCCUUUUCUGAUGCUGACAUGUCUGGUUUCGUGGAGGAUUUCUGUCUGUCCCUGGCAGGCAUGAAUGUGCAGAUUCCAGCCUGGAGGCAGGAGGCUGGAGGCACAGUGUGGAGGCUUGGGGGUUUCAGACUUGGAAGAGCAGCCCUGGACUCAGCAAGCAUCUGUCAGCCCCAGGUGUGGUAGCAAAGCACCAACCUCAACUGUCACUCCAAGAAUUGUCACUUCCCAUGGACUUGGCAUGGGAAGCACUGUCCUGGACUCAUGGGAAACACUGCUGGUCUCUUCAAGGUGACUGGGGGAGCCUCAGGGGACCCCCCCCAGUCCCUGCAUCUGAGCAGUGGGCAGUGCAGGUUGCUGACUGAAGUGAUCUCCUUCUUAUACUUAGGCUAGUGGGGCCAGGGAAAGUUUGAGAGGGAAGCAGAGUUCAAAAACCACAUAGAAAAGUCAGAAAGAAUUGCUCAACAAGGGAAAAUGGAAAACGACCCAAGGACAUGGACACUUGCGCUUAUAGUCCAGAUCUCCCUACUGCCCUCCCUCCAGAAAGACCUUACAACUCCCACCCCCACCAGCCACCUAGGAGAGGCUUUUGGUCUGUGGUUGGCCUACACUGAGGAUCAUGGUUCUUUUAAAUCUUUGCCCUUCUGAUAUGCAAAAAAUGGCAUUAAAUUUUUUCAAUUUGCAUUAUUUGGAAACUAACAUGUUUGCACAUAUUUUCCUAUUUCUUGAACAUUUGUAUUUUUUUUUUCCCCCUGAGCUAAACUCAUUAAGAUCUCAUUGUGUCAGAUGUCCUCUUUAUUCUAAGUAACCUUUAAAAAGUAUUUAGCUCUGGCCGGCCUUUCGCAAAUGGUGCAAAUUUAUUUUCCUAGUUUGUGGUUUGCCUUUUAAUUCUGUUCAUCACGCUUUUGAUUGUAUUCAAUGUAGACUUGUCUGCGUGGUCAAAUGAAUCUAUGGGUGAACUCCUUCACAGCUCCACUUUUGGUGUCAGAUUUGACAAAGGCCUUCCCCACUUGAAAAGUGCAUUUGUCCAAAGUUAUGUUUUUUCUGGUUCUUUUUGUGUUUCAAAAAUGUAUGUAUGAAAUUCUUUUGGAAUGUAUGCAUUUAAGGUGGAGAGCCAGCUUAGACAAGUAGCCCAGAUGUUCUGGAAUCAUUGGUGGAAUCACCCAUUCUUCAUCCAUGUAUCUGAUAUAGAAAAUCUGUGUAUACACUUGGUCAGUUUCUAAACUUUCCUUUUUAUUAUGUGGUCUUCUCCAUGGACCCCACUGCUUUGACUGUUCUAGCUUUAUCAUAUGUUUUAGUAAAUGGCAGAGCAAACGUUCUUGUUUCUUUCAUCUACAAAAUCUCUGUUGAUGACGGCAUUGUUUGUAGCCGAAGAAAAUGAUAAACAGUUGAAAUCUUCACCCAUAGUGAAACUAAUCACAA